UUCCCUUUCCUCUUUCUGGUGAAUAGCAAUAGAGGAGUCAAUCAUUCACAGAGAUGUUAUGACUGUGACUUUAUAUGUUGUACAAGAUGAGGAAGCGUCGGCCUUAUUUACAUCGGUACGAACACAGGACGAUUGAUGGCCGGUCCGGCACACUGACUGCUGAUCUGUAGCUCUCACCACUAACCUGUCAGAACUAAGAGAGGGCAGCAGUUGCUUUGUCUUCCAACCUAGAGACAGCAGGACCGGAUCUGGGGGAAAACGACCACGUAUCCAAGCCUCUUCCUUAAUAUGAGGUGCGAGACUGGAGCCUGAGGGUGAAAAACAGGAUCAGUAAGAAGAUCGAUCGCUGUUCAUUCAGUAUGGCAGCUCACUGAGAUGAGCUGUCUGAGAUGACGGGGCUUCAGUUCAUCUGAUCGGAAGAUGUUGUUUGUCUGUAGGCAGACUAAGAGAACUGUCGGUGGAUUAUCUUGGCUGUCCGUUUAAGGUGAGGCUCUCUGUGUGUUAUGAUAUGGCAUACCUGGUUCACACGGCUCACCCUCAGUUCGUCAGCCUGUGGUUGAGCGCCGUGGGUUGGGUCCUUACCGCGGUGACCCUUGGACUCAUCCAGUGGAGGGUCUGGCAGGUGGCCGACUUGACCUUCAUCACCUCAGGAGUGGCCUGGGUCGGAAUCUGGAGGGUGUGUUUCAAUAGCCAUACCCUCGUGACCUCGGGGUUCAGGGUCAUGUAUUGUCAGAAUAUGGCGCUGUCGGACGCCUUCACGCCCCCGGAGGUCGCCACGGCCCAGGUGCUCACUCUAAUAGGGUUGGUCGUGGGGUUCUGUGGGAACGCUGCCGCCGUCUACGCCCUCAGGAACGUCUAUUUUGGCCUGGAGAAGCAGACGCCUAUCCGCUGUGCGUUCGCAGUGGCUGGUACUCUGUGCUUGUUGUCCGCUGUGUGUUUUCUCAUACCUCUCCUGUGGAACCUGAACUCGGUGGUGACCAAUCAAACGAUUGCGUUCCCGUCGAACUUCCACAUGCCCCCUGCACCUGUGACCCAGAACGCUGGAGCAGGGAUCGGGGUCGGGAUCGUAGGGUCGUUCAUGAUGAUCGUCAGUGGAGUUAUCUUCAUCUUCUACAGGUUCCCUGUCAAGAUAGGACCCAGAGUGGAGCCGCCUUGUCCAGAGGCGAGACACUUUGAUGGGUCAAGUGUUGGGACAUUAUCCCUACCGUGUCCCACAGACCCAGGAGACAGUUUGAAUAACUCUCAGGCCAUGGACAAUCCUGCCUUCCGUUCUGAUGAACACUUGUGAUUUUAGUUUGUUUCUGAAAUCAGACAUGAUUUGACCAUAUUCAAUGUUGUAUUUGAUGUGACAUAAAGGAAUAGCCGUUUGAUUUAACUAUGCAGGAGUGCUCACUAGCAGGAGUGCUUAGUGUUUUGUAUACUCAGUGUACACCUAUUUUGAUUCUUGAAUAAUAGAACUUAGAAAUACGUCAUGAGUACGACUGUUAUACCCAUCAGAACCCCAAAUAUAAGAUAGUUUAACUCCACUUGUUUAACUAAUUGUAAACAAACACUGUAUAGCGUCAAUGUGGUUAAAACUAUAAUUUUGUUACCCUGGAUGGUCAGUCCUCGUAUCCAUACUUCUGUCUAUGGAUUUGAGAAUGCUUAAGUUUCUCCACCCCGUCCCUCAGGUGUUUACCAAAACGGUGGUUGGGUACCCACUUUGCUAUUGUUUGAACUGCAGAUUGCCCCUUUAAAAUAUGUCAGAUUAUAUGAUCCUACAUUGAUUUGUAACAUACUUAUACCGAAUGAUUGUGCUGUAGUUUAUCAGAAAAGCACCUUCAUUUAAAAGUCAAGAGUAUUUCACAGUGUGUUUGUGUUGUAUUGAGUUAAUACUGCUACUGUAGAGAAGCAGUAAAUUGGAGGGUACACAGACACACACUUUCUCUUUAGAGGACAUGCUUGCAACACACCUCUCUAGUCAUUGCCUUGCAAUAACUCCAAAGGGAGUUUAAAAAACUGAUUACAUUAAAUGUUUUACAUUUCAUACUUGUAUUGCUGAUGCCAUUGAAUGCAUUUCUUUGUAAAUUAUGCAGAAUUUGUACCGUUUCUGUUUUAUUUGAUCACAUUCAAAAUGUGUUCUUUAACUUUUAAGGGCUCUUGACAUCCAGGAACAAUAUUGUACACAUGCACAAUUCAAUCAGAAAUAGUUGUGAUAAAUCAUGUGAUUUAAAAGAGACCAUGUUUGAAUCAAUACAAUCUUAUCACACACUGUAUUUGUUUUGAUGUGGAGUAGCAACAGGAUUGUUCCUCGGUCUGGUUUUAGACAGCCCGGCAAGGACCUCAAUUAUCCUCUAACCCUGACUGCCUUGCAGUCUGCACAGCUCCCCCACUGACUGGUGAACGCUGGGUAAUUACUGGCUUUGUCCCAAAUGGCACCCUAUUCCCUAUAUAGUGCACUACUUUUGACCAGAGACCAAAUGUAGUGCACUAUAAAAGGAAAAGGGUGCAAUUAGGAACACACACACACUGUCUGCCCCUAUUAGACCACAUAGACCACAUUGUUUCCUGGUAACGAGGCUUCUGUUAGGGGCCAUAAGGUGUUACCGUGUUCAAGUCAAAUAUUGGCUCUGGCAGAAAGGUGUUUUGACAGUCGCAGUCCCACAAAAUCAUAUCAUCCAUUUGAUUGUGCUACAGAAGAGGAAGGGAUUCCAUUUUCUUUUCUCCAAAUGUGUUCAUUCAUUGCUCUUUUUUGAGGAUUUUAAAUGUUUUCAUUCAGGUUUUUUUUUAACUUGCUUUGAUAAAUGUAAGUAAUGUCCUUGUUAACUGUGAUCCCAAAAUGAAGACACCAGUGGCCAAGAAGAAGUGAUGUGUAUUGUGGAGCCUCUAAUUCUCAUUUUGGGCCCCGUUCAUGUGAACAGUGCAGGGGAGGAGGCUGAGACUGGCUGUGGCAGGGCAUAUGAGUCCUUGACCAGACCUCUCAAAGCCGGAGUAAGGACAAUCACAGUGGGGAUUGUUACUCUGGCUGAAAGUCCGAACAGUCAGAUCCUGUGGACAGCACACUGUGUUGGGAGGGAACAAAAUAGCUUUUUCUGUCAGGGGUCCAACACUUUUAUUUAUUUAUUUUUUAUUUUUUAUUUUUUUUUGGUUUGCAGAGGAACUCAACUCAUUGAGAGGAUUGUUUGUGGUCUGGCUAAUGGAUGCAGAGGACUUUAUAGUGGGCAGGACACACUCUCAUCAUGGGCAGAAUGAGGAUAUUAAAGGACCUGACUGCGGGUUUAGUCUCCAGUCCAGGGCUCUCCAACCCUGUUCCUGGAGAACUAGCCUCCUGUAGGUUUUUACUCCAACCCCAGCUGUAAUUAACCUGGUUCAGCUUAACAACCGGCAAAUUAUUAUAAUCAGGUGCGCUAGAUUAGGGUUGGAGUGAAAACCUACGGGACAGUAGCUGUCCAGGGACAGGGUUAACUUGGAGAGCCCUGGUCUAGUCUAGAGUUAGCAUAGCGUUACUACAGCAUAACUACGUGGCAUAGUGCUGUUGGCUGACGUAAAUCUCAGACAUUAUGGUAGAAGGUUGAAAGGUGAUGACAUGUUUAUUGUUUUGUAGAUGUUGUGUAACAUGUUCUGGAUUCCCCACCAUUGUGUAACCACUCGCCCUGGCAUUGAAGUUCUUCGUUAUUGUCCCCAGGGCAUCGACUUCAUUGCGUUACCACCUCCUUAUUGCCUUCAGCAUAAUGUUUCAGGGGGGGAAAUAUUGCAUUUUUUUACAUUUUUAUUUUAUUUGAACUUAUUUAACCAGGUAGGCCAGUUGAGAACGAGUUCUCGUUUGCAACUGCGACCUAGCCAAGAUAAAGCAAAGCAGUGCGACACAGACAACGGGGCGGCAGGUAGCCUAGUGGUUAGAGUUACACAUGGAAUAAACAAAUGUAUAGUCAAUGACGCAAUAGAAAAGUCUAUAUACAGUGUGUGCAAAUGAAGUAAGAUUAGGGAGGUAAGGCAAUAAAUAGGCCAUAGUGGUGAAAUAAUUGUAAUUUACACUGGAGUGAUAGAUGUGCAGAAGAUGAAUGUGCAAGUAGAGAUACUGGGGUGCAAAGGAGCAAAAAUAAUAUGAGGUAGUUGGAUGGGCUAUUUACAGAUGGGCUAUAUACAGGUGCAGUUAUCUGUAAGCUGCUCUGACAGCUGGUGCAUAAAGUUAGUGAGGGAGAUAUGAGUCUCCAGCUUCAGUGAUUUUUGCAGUUUGUUCCAGUCAUUGACAGCAGAGAACUGGAAGGAAAGGUUGCCAAAGGAGGAAUUGGCUUUGGGGGUGACCAGUGAAAUAUACCUGCUGGAGCAUGUGCUAUGGGUUGCUAUGUUGCUAUGGUGACCAGUGAGCUGAGAUAAGGCAGAGCUUUACCGAGCAAAGACUUAUAAAUGACCUGAAGCCAGUGGGUUUGGUGACGAAUAUGAAGCGAGGGCCAGCCAACGAGAACAUACAGGUCGCAGUGGUAGGUAGUAUAUGGGGCUUUGGUGAUAAAACGGAUGACACUGUGAUAGACUGCAUCCAAUUUGCUGAGUAGUGUUGGAGGCUAUUUUGUAAAUUACUUCGCUGAAGUCAAGGAUCGGUAGGAUAGUCAGUUUACGAGGGUAUGUUUGGCAGCAUGAGUGAAGGAUUUCUUGUUGCGAAAUAGGAUGUAAGACUGUACAUCCAGUACAAUUAUUUUUGUAAAUGAGUCUAACAAUACUAAAGUUGUUACAGUAAAGUUGAUAGUGAAGGAAUAGAUCGAUGCAACUCAUUGCACUUCAUUGAUCCAGACCCAAAUCCUCAACCUAACCUGUCCUUAACCUGUAACCCAAACCCUAAUCGUCAAUAGUGAUAACCCUAACCACCCUGACCCUAAUCAUUAACCACCAAGCUAUAGACAUAUCCCACAAGGCAUUUCACAAUCUGCUGAGAAAGGAACUUUAUCAGCACUGUACAACAGAGCUGUUGUGGUUUUCUGUGAGAUUGAGGUAGGAUAGAAUGGUUUAGAAUGUUCCCUUUCAUGGUGUUUCAAAGUGACACGUGACAAUACAGCAGUUUAACAUAUAGUGGUUGGCUUCAUGUGUUUCUCUGAUGCAGGACCAACCACUGCCUAUGAUAGAUCAUGCGAUUAACAUAGGAAACUAUAAUGACUUCCAUUGUGAGGGGACAACAAUGGGAUCUUUCAGAUGACAACAUGGACACAGGAGGCGGUGGGGAGCAAAUCGAGCAUUUCAAAGUCCAGACGGGUUCUCGUAAUGUGAAGACCUGAAAGGAACUGUAGCAGAGUACACUCAGAAGCAAGUUUGUGUCCCAAAUGGUGCCCUAUUCCCUAAAUAGUGUAGUACUUUUAACCAGCUUCCUAUGGAUCCUGGUCAAAAGUAAUGCACUGCAUAGGGAACACGGUCUCAUUUGGAGAUUAAAUUAUAGCAUUGAAAUAGACAGGAAGUAUUUUACGGCUGUUGUUUCUGCUUGGCCGUGUAGGGAACCCUUGAGAAAGAGAUUAAUUUCUGAAUGGGACUCACCUGGCUAAAUAAAUAAAGGAGAAAUUAUAUUAAAAAAUGAAGUAUAAGAACAUGACCUGCCUGAGCAAGCUUGUGUGUAAUGGGCGAUGUCCAGGAAAUCUGACAUUCCUCACAUUACGUAUCAUUAUUCUGAUGGUCAUUAACUACAGCUUAGCCCAGGAGCCAAGACCCAAAUCAGCGGGAAUUAGACUUCAGCUCCGUUUCCACUGGACUUGGUCUGUCACCUCACCUUACUUAAACUCACUUCCUCAUCGUUGCCUAGCAACAGUUUGCACUUAUGUAACACAAGCAAGUGGUUUGUGAGCUUAGGAAUGAAUCAUGGUCAGGUUUUUGUCAGGUUUUUUCUUUAUUUGAUAAUAUCAACUUUUUUUUAUGUACAGAUUUCUCCACACUAUGGAUAUAACUGAUAUAGGAUAUGUAGCCUUGUGGCACGAUAAUGUCUGAUGAAUUCAGAGUCAGAAAACCACUACAGAGGAAUAUACAAGAUAAUGUAUAUUGAUAUAUAUAUAUAUAUAUAUAUAUGUGUGUGGUAAAUCUGUAAUAUUGGCCUCUAACUGGAGAGAAUGUAUAGUGGAAAUUUCAGCAGAAAUGAAACGAAUACAAUCAGAUA